AACUAGUGUGGAGCGCCGAUCUCCGCGAACCGGCGCUGAGCUAGGGGCUGCGGAUGGCAGCCCUCUCUCCGUGGGCAGCAUGAGUUUGGCGGGGGGCCGGGCCCCUCGGAAGACCGCUGGGAACCGGCUUUCCGGGCUCCUGGAAGCCGAGGAGGAAGAUGAGUUCUACCAGACGACUUACGGGGGUUUCACAGAGGAAUCUGGAGAUGAUGAGUAUCAGGGAGACCAGUCUGAUACGGAGGAUGAGGUAGACUCUGACUUUGACAUUGAUGAAGGAGAUGAACCAUCCAGUGACGGAGAAGCAGAAGAGCCAAGAAGGAAGCGCAGAGUUGUCACCAAAGCCUAUAAGGAGCCUCUAAAAAGCUUGAGACCUCGAAAGGUCAGCACCCCAGCAAGUAGCUCUCAGAAGGCCAGAGAGGAGAAGGCACUGCUGCCCCUGGAGGUACAGGAUGACGGCUCUGACAGUCGGAAGUCUAUGCGGCAGUCUACAGCCGAGCACACACGGCAGACUUUCCUUCGGGUUCAAGAGAGGCAGGGACAGUCGCGGAGGCGGAAGGGUCCCCACUGUGAUCGACCACUCACCCAGGAGGAGCUGCUCAGGGAGGCCAAGAUCACAGAGGAGCUGAACUUACGAUCACUAGAGACCUAUGAAAGGCUUGAGGCUGACAAAAAGAAGCAGGUUCACAAGAAGCGGAAGUGCCCUGGGCCAAUCAUCACCUACCAUUCAAUGACAGUGCCGCUUGUUGGGGAGCCCGGUCCCAAGGAGGAGAAUGUGGACGUGGAAGGACUUGAUCCUGCUCCUGCAGCUUCUGCAUUGACCCCGCACACUGGGACUGGAGCUGCUGGCACUCCUGCUCACUGCUCACGCACCUUCAUCACAUUUAGUGAUGAUGCAACAUUUGAAGAGUGGUUCCCCCAAGGGCGACCCCCGAAGGUCCCUGUGCGGGAGGUCUGCCCAGUAACCCACCGUCCGGCUUUGUACCGCGACCCUGUAACAGACAUACCCUAUGCCACUGCUCGAGCCUUCAAGAUCAUUCGGGAGGCCUACAAGAAGUACAUCACUGCCCACGGACUGCCACCCACUGCCUCGGCCCUUGGCCCCGGUCCCCCGCCCCCUGAGCCACUUCCUGGCUCUGGGCCCCGGGCCUUGCGGCAGAAAAUUGUCAUCAAAUAGACGCUUGCUCCUUAGAAACGUCUUUCUUCUGCUGACCUGGGCUCACAGGUCCGUCGUUCCCUUUGUCCUCGGGCACCUUUGCUCUGGGUUUUGUUUUGUUUUAAAUCAUUUCCUUCCCUAGUUCAUUCUGGUUUUGUUUUGUUGUUUUUUUAAUUCUAAUAAAAUGGUGAAAUCCC